UGCGUGCUCAAUAACGAGAUAGUGUACAUAGAAACGAAAGGUGAAAACGUGGUGAAACAACGUGUGAAAUGAUUAGGAUACGAGUUUAAAACGAAUAAUUAUUUCAUCAGAAUGACAACUAACGAGGAGUCCGUAGAUGACAGUCUCUUAGAGAGACUCGUUAAAAAUGAUGAAAAUAAAGUUGUGAAUUGUCGAAGUAGCGCAGAUAACAUCGAGGGGUACAAUUUACGACAUGGCACAGAUAGUUUUCCAAAUAUUAAUGAAAGACCGGUUGAUGAUAUUUCGAUCGAGUUCUUUUAUAAGCCGCACAGCAUUACACUGCUUCUCAUUUCGAUUGGUGCUGUAAUAUAUUCCGUAUUCACUAGGAAUACUACCAAUGUUGAGGAUAACAUUUGGGCUGGAAUACUUUGUAUCAUAUUUUUUUUUCUAAUAAUAUCAAUACUUACAUUUCCAAAUGGACCAUUUACAAGACCGCAUCCAGUUGUGUGGAGACUUGUAUUUGGCUGUAGUGUACUAUAUUUAAUGGGUCUAUUGUUUAUGCUGUUUCAAGAUUAUGAAACAGUUAGGAAGAUAUUUGUUUGGAUAGAUCCUGGUUUAGCAUCAUUUCACAUUGACAUGGACAAAGAAUAUGGUGUUAAUUGUUCAGAAAUUACAUUUGAAAAAAUAUGGAAUCAUUUAGAUGUUUUUGCAUUAGCCCAUUUCUUAGGAUGGACCUUUAAAGCAAUUCUUAUUCGCCAUCUUGGUAUUCUUUGGGCCAUUAGUAUUAUGUGGGAAGUAACAGAAAUAGCAUUUGCUCAUUUAUUACCAAAUUUUGUGGAAUGUUGGUGGGAUGCUUUUAUACUUGAUGUUAUUGUAUGUAAUGGUUUAGGCAUCUGGGUUGGAUUAAAAAUUUGUUCUCUCCUGGAGAUGAGAGAAUACAAAUGGGUAAGCAUCCUUGACAUUGAAAGCACUACUGGAAAAUUGAAGAGAGCAAUGCUGCAAUUUACUCCUGGUAGUUGGACUGCUGUUAGAUGGUUAGAUCCAACUUGUACAUAUAUGAGAUUUGUUGCUCUGUGUCAAUUGGUCAUAUUCUGGCAGGUUUCAGAGCUAAAUACUUUUUUCUUGAAACAUGUAUAUGAAUUUCCACCCUCUCAUCCAUUUGUUGUAACAAGAUUAAUAUUAGUUGGAGUAAUAGUUGCACCCUCAGUUAGGCAAUACUACAUGUAUGUAACAGAUCCAACAUGUAGUAGAGUAGGGACCCAGUGUUGGGUCUAUGGUGCAAUUAUGGUUACAGAAGCAUUGUUAUGUAUAAGACAUGGUGCUGCGUUAUUUGAACAUACACAAGCAUUAAAUAUCCUUUUGUGGCUAUUGUGCCAGUCUCUAGUCUCAGUUCUUUGCGUCUAUGGCUGUGUUCUAUGGCAUCGAUACUUUGAGACAGAAAAGAAAACUACUUCAAAACAAUGUAUCACUCAGCUAGAGUACAGUCAUCUGGAUGUAACCCUUAGCAGUGGGGACAUGGUUUACUCUACAAAAUCUGUGGAAAAGAAGCAAUUAUGAACAAAUCUACAGCAAGAAACGAUAGAUUUGGCAUAAAU